CAUCCUUGGACGGCAAGUCAGUUCGCCAGCGAGCUGACAUGACAAAAUACUUAUCCGCCGUUACCCUGCUUCAUGAAGCUGUCAACUGUUGACUGUGAGAGUCGAUCAACACUUUCACUCGAUCGCCUCAUGCUGCGGUGAGUCGUCACCGUCCUGAGAGUACUUUUAGAAGGCUACAUUUAGAGCCUUCAGCGUCUGGUCUCGACAACCAACGAUCACCAGUCUGGGUCAUCGUUGUCUUGUUGAGUAGCUCUUUCUGCUGUAGUCGUGAUCAUCGAGGUGUUCAUUGCGGAAAAGGAACAGUACAAGCUUCUGUAGAGCUUGUAGGCUUUGGUCUGUGUGGAUGGUUCGUCGUGCUUUGUGUGCAGGGCUUCUAAAGAAUAUGGCGAUGGAAAUGCGAGCCCAAGGAACCCGAGGUGGUUCCGUCUGGGCGCUGGCCUGUGUCUUGAUGGCUUCACUCGCACACUCGGCAAUGGCCCAGUGCAGCCCUGCUGAGAGUGAUGCAUUGCUCAAAUUCAAGUCCUUUUUUUCUGACCCUCGAAACGAUUUCGCGUCAUGGACUGGUGGUAAUUGCUGCAGCUGGAAGGGGGUUCAGUGUAGCGGGUCAGGAGUUACCGGCAUUAACUUGGACUUCGGCGCACCCAGCCGCGGGGGCCCUGGAGCGCCGAGCCUCCUCAUCUGGAGUGACCCGGAGGCAAGCUUCAAGGCAGGAGAAGCUCUGUCCCAUUUGUAUCAGCUCCAGGUCCUGCACACCAACUGGAUCAUAUGGAACGCGCCUCUUCCUGUCAGGAAAUUCGCCAACCUCCCUCUGCGCGAGAUUGUGGUCCGCAACGGAUUCCUAGGUAACGCGAACGCCGCCGGAGGUGCUCUGGGCAACGACAUCGGCCUGUUCGCCAACUCUCUGGAAGUCCUCAUCCUCCAGAACACCAAAUAUAACAUCGGUCUACCUUCGGAUCUCUGCAAGCUCAAAAAGCUACGCGUCCUGGAGGUUUCGGAGAGCCACCUGCCCAACGUGGGGCCGGCGUGUCUGGGGUCAGCGCUCAACAACACGCUACAGGAGGUGCGAGUCCACUCCAACUACAAGAUUACUACGGGCCUGCCCGUGUGGCCCACCCUGUUGCCCUACCUCAAGGUGCUGGACUUCUCCAACAACGCCCACUCUGGCAACAUCCCCGUGCAGUAUGGGAAGCUCGCUAACGUGGAGCUUCACUUGGGUGGCAAUCACCUCACAGGAAAGCUUCCUUCGGGAUUGAGUGCCUUGCCGGAGUCUGCAUUCCGCCCCGGCAACGAGAAACUCUGCGGUGCGCCGCUCUCGACAUGCCCCGCCUGAUUAGAUCAGAGCAACUAGACCAGAUCAUCACCAGCUGACCCCGCUAGAUGGACUCUCGCAUUCAUCGCUGUUACUAUACGUUUGGGUUUGAGGAUCUGGCAUGUUUUGUUUUGCACCCAGCUCUAGCUUUGUAAAGGAAUUUUUAUGAUGAAAUGGACACUGGGCUCAUAUCAUGAAAGUAUCUUCACGAUGCA